AUGAGACCUGGAGCAACUUUCUCCCAAGAAAAUGCGGCAAAGUCGCCGGCGGCGAGCGCCACCGUCGCCACCCAUUCGGCUUGGCACUCCCCGGUGCCAUAUCUCUUCGGCGGGCUUGCGGCGAUGCUCGGUUUGAUUGCCUUCGCUCUCCUCAUCCUCGCCUGCUCCUACUGGAAGCUUUCCGGGUACCUCGAGGGCGACGGCGAUGGUAGCGCUCCGGCGGCCGGAGAGGAUGCUGAGAAGUCCGGCGAGGGUGACGGGAAGCUGACUGCGGCGGUUUAUGAGGAGAGGAUUGUGGUGAUCAUGGCCGGAGAGAAGAAGCCGACAUUUCUCGCGACGCCGAUGUCUAGCCGGGCGUCAUCGUUCGGAGAUAGGAACGGCGACGGCGACGGCGACGGCGAGGGUAACGGUAACGGUGACAGUAAGUUGGAGAAUCGUGGGAAUGAGAGGACCGCGAAUGGGACCACAGAUGAGGACCAGAGGACAGAGAGGCAAGAGAGGCAACCCGAAUGAAACUAUGGUUUUCCUAAUUUUCUUUUCUUUUUUUUUUUAAUUUUUAACAGGAGCUGUAAAUUUGAGGUGCAAUGCAAUGAAAGUAAAUUUGUAGUA